GCGAGCGGGGCCGCGGGCGCGGCGGGCGCAGCGGAGAGGCCUGGGCCGGGCCCGAGCUGCAGGAGCGCGGGAACCCCACUGUGGCCGCGCCCCGGGGCCCCGCCUCUCCCCAGGAGGGAAAAGGCAGCAGCCAAGGCUGGGCUCACAGGCACUACGACCCGGAGCCCACGAGAGCAGAGGACCCGCGGCUGCUGGCGCCACUUCAGGCCCGCCAUGGACCCCCAUGAGAUGGUCGUCAAGAACCCCUAUGCCCACAUCAGCAUCCCCCGCGCUCACCUGCGGCCCGACCUGGGGCAGCAGCUGGAAGCAGCACCCUCAUCCUCAGAACCUGGGCCCCUGCCACUGGGGCCCUGCGCCCCAGAACCCCCCUGCACUCUGCAGCUGAGCGACGCCAAAGGUGCUAAGGGGGCCAAAGGGGCUGCCCCCGUCCAGGGACAGCAGACUUGGCAGCCCUCCGGCAACCCCUAUGGCAGUGGGCAGCGCCAGGCAGGACUGACAUAUGCCGGCCGGCCGCCUGUCGGCCGUGGGGACGACAUUGCCCACCACUGCUGCUGCUGCCCCUGCUGCUCAUGCUGUCACUGUCCCCGCUUCUGCCGCUGCCACAGCUGCUGCGUGGUCUCCUAG